AUGUUGGCUGACAAUUACUUCAUUCACUGGGAUAAUGAGUCUGGUCCAAAUGCCAUCAUCUUGACAUUUGAGGACGUGGCUGUGGAGUUCACGCAGGACGAGUGGCAGUGUCUGACCCCAGCUCAGCGGGCUCUGUACAGGGAGGUCAUGCUGGACAACUACAGGAACCUGCUCUCCGUGGAAUUCACACAGAUUCAUGCAGAAGAGAAACCCUACCAGUGCAAAGAUUGUGACAAGUCAUUUAGACAUGUCUCCAGUCUGAAGUUGACAUUUGAGGACGUAGCCAUGGAGUUCUCCCAGGAUGAGUGGCGGUGGCUGACCCCGGCUCAGCGGACUCUGUACAGGGAGGUCAUGCUGGACAACUACAAGAACCUGCUGUCUGUGGAACAGGAUGGGGAGACCUUUGCCGCCCAGCGGCAGCAGGCUCAGCUGCGUGUGGGUGUGGUAGGGCAGUUGACAUUUGAGGACAUGGCUGUGGAGUUCACACAGGACCAGUGGCGGUGCCUGACCCCGGCUCAGCGAGCUCUGUACAGGGAAGUCAUGCUGGACAACUACAGGAACCUGCUGUCCGUGGAUGAGCAGUCUGCAGACACACGGUCCCCUCGUAAUGCAUGUGGGAGAACCUUCAGGAAAUUAUCUGCCCUCACUCUGCACCAGACAAUCCACUGUGAAAAGCAACCCUAUGAAUGUAAAGAAUGCCAGAAAACUUUUCGCUACCCCUGGAAGUUGCAGAGGCAUCAACGAAUCCACACAGGAGAGAAACCUUUCAAGUGUCAGCAGUGUGGCCAGUGCAUUAACCAGCUGUCCAAUUGUAGAAAACAUUUCCAAAUUCACACAGGAGUGAGACCCUACCAGUGCAAAGAUUGUGACAAGUCAUUUAGACAUGUCUGCAGGCUGAAGGAACAUGAUAGAACACACGCUGGGGAGAGGCCAUACCCAUGUCUUGUAUGUGGCAAAGCUUUUCGAAGAUGUUCAAAUCUAAAAAGCCACCAACUGAUCCACACACAAGAAAAAUAUCAUAGAUGCAACGCAUGUGACAAAUCCUUCACGCAGCGUGGGGAUCUGAUCAUCCACCAGCGAAUCCACACUGGAGAGAGACCUUACCAGUGUCCCCACUGUGACAAAUCCUUUAGACAAAUCUCAGCAUCUCUGGAACACCAGAGAAUCCACACCCGGGAGAAGCGUCAUGAGUGCAAAUACUGUGGCAAGGGCUUCUGGUACCUCUCCAAGUUCAAACAACAUGAGAGGUCACACACCAGAGAGAAACCCUACACAUGUGAGCAGUACCACAAAUCCUUCAAACACAGCGUCAGCCUUAGAAGGCACCAGAGAAUCCACACCGAGGAGAAACUUUAUGAGUGCAAACACUGUCGUAAGACUUACCAGGAUCACUCCAACUUAAAAAGUCAUGGGAGGACACACAGAGGAGAGAAACCCUACACAUGUGAACAGUGCCACAAAUCCUUCAAAAACAGCUUCAACCUUAGAAGGCACCAGAGAAGCCACACCAGGGAGAAACCUUAUGAGUGCAAACACGGUGCGAAGGCCUCCAGUCUCCUGGUUCUUGGCUGGAAGAAGUUUGAUUGA